AUGGUCAUUUCAUUUCGAUUUCAUACCAUAAUGAACGUUGCUCCUUUGCGAACUCUUUCAGCAGUAAUGUUUGAUAAGCGUGAUAUCUGAAACUUUUUUAAUAAAAACAUUUUCUUUCUAUAGAAGCAUAAGUAAGAUAAAAACGAACGUAUAAAAAAUAGUUUAAAUCAUACGACUAUUGCAAGUUACGCUUAUCAAAUUUUAGAUAAAUAUUCUUGUCGAUUCACUGAAAGAGUUAACAGAAAUAAUAUACGAGUUGUAUGCACUCAUGUACGAUAGCCAGUCAAUUGCAAGAUAACUUUAUCACGUUAUAGUAUCAUAGGAUGUUCUAAACAGCGAUCGAUAGUUUGUGUACAACUCUUUUAAGAUAAAAUGAAUAAAGAAUGUAUAAAUACAAAUAAAACCUGAAGAAAAACACUUAAAAGCUGCGUUAAAGAUUUUACACAGUAAUUUGAAUUUUUAUUGGCAUUAUGAAUCCCUUUUUUCUUGCUCUUUUUAAAAAUGCUUCUUCUUUUACUUUUACAGGUGUAGAUAUAUUUUUAUCUGACACUGAGCACGAUUCAAGAUAUUUUUGUUUAACAAGUUAUUUCAACGCAACACCGAUGAAACUUAACGCUAAUCAGAUGUGCGAAUCGCAGCUGACUUACGCAAAAAGAACGCGCGAACAUGUAAGUGGGAAGCGCACAGAUGCGAACGUUCAAAGCGCGCCGAUGCCCACGCGCGAAAAUCCAUCCGGAAACACCACUUUAUAUCCUCCACGUGACGGUGCAGAAAUUAACUUCCCUCGCGUUCAUACUGACGCAUCGCCUGCGAAAAGUUUUUCGUGAUUUUGUACGUAAUUGCGAGUAAAAGUAUAUUUAAACUGGAGGAUUUUCAUUUGCUGCUUUUACAGAAUUCAGUUUGAAACAAGUUUAAAAAAUACCUACGAGGUUCCGUAUUUACAUGAUAUUUCAUAUAAAUUAAUCACUAAAAAUGUUAACAAAAGAUUAAUUUAAUUUUCAACCUAUUAAUGGAAAAAUAUUAUUGGUUAUAGGUGAAGAGAAGCACAGAUGUUUCGUUGCAUCAAAGAGCAGAAUAUAUACAAGUGUUUCACAAUGUGUUUAUUCUCAGCUGUCCUGAAAUAACAAUAGCUUCUAAUUGUUUCUACUAGCUAGUGAUAGCUUAUCUGACGGUUUAUUUGGUGUGCGGUGAUUUGGAGAUUUUUGCGAAACACAUGUUACAAGGAUCGACAUUGUAUGCCUUGCUUCACUUUCAAAGAUAAAAUUUGACGAACAUACAUGAGGAAUUUGAUAUUUAAAAAUUUCUUCAGACGAUAUAUGUUCGAAGUAUGUCCUACGACAUUCGUGAGACACGAUUUCGCUCAAGGAUUCGGUCGUAACAAAUAA